CAUACAUAUUGCGUACGUUUUGAAAAGGCAGUGAAUAAGCACAAUGGCAGACCCAAAGAAAACAGAGAAGAAAAUUGAUCUUGGAUUACUUGAAGAGGAUGACGAGUUCGAAGAAUUCCCCGCAGAGGACUGGGGUGAAGACGCUGAAGACCCAACAGAUUCCAAUGUAUGGGAAGACAACUGGGAUGACGAUAAUGUUGAAGACAACUUUUCUAAACAAUUGAGAGCUGAACUAGAAAAACUUGGAAAGAAAGACCAACCAGAACCCAUGAAGACAUAACACAAACUCAGCAAGGGGUCAAGAAUCAGGGGUCAAGUAAAAAAAGGUUGUUCACUACUACUUGUUUGUACAGAAGAAGUAAUCUUCAGCUAUUUUUAGCGAUGGCAUCCGGAAGCAACACUGAAGACAGCUGGGGGCAAACACAACACGUACAUUGUGUCAAGUUUAAGAUUUUGUUUGUUUACUUAUUGUUUUUUUAAGCUUAUUUGAAGUGGAUUGUUUUAACAAUGAAUUCAAGGAAAGACAAGUAAAGGCCUGGUAGUGCUAUAUUUAUCGAUUCAAGUUAAAUUUGUAGCAUAGUUUGGCCGUAUCCGAAUUGG